AUGUCCCGCCAGCCUACACUGAGAGAUGUGCUGGACACGUUUUUAACCGGGGGCCGCGCCGAAAACCAGUCGUCCAUAAUCAGCGAGUAUCUGGAAAGUCUGCAGCAACAGGAAAAUAGCCCGGAAAUGACGGAGGCGUUGGUGAGAACGAUACUGGACCCCAACGGGGUUCUGCUACAGGGCGAGGACAAAGGCAUAGACGACGAUUUUCUGGACACGCUUGAGCGAGUCAAGAUUUCCAGCGUGCCCAAGGACAAAUGCUGUCCGAUCUGCACCAACGAGUUCCACCAGGAGGAAUAUCCGUUGAUAGUAGAGCUGCCAUGCAAUUCCAAGCAUUAUUUCGAUCUCGACUGCAUCGGGCCCUGGUUGAAGCUCAAUCGGACGUGUCCGCUGUGCAGAGUGGACGUCACGCAGAGAAAACAGAUCGAGGUCUCCGAUAGCGAGGAGGAACAGGAUCUCAUGUACGGCUAA